ACAAUAACAAGCACCUAAUACACCAGUAAUUCACAUCAAAAUCAUUCUUGCAUAUCGAGAGGGACAUGCUUUGUAGUUUGAAUCGAUUGUUCUUUCUCUACCAUGAAUCAGAGUCCAGUGUGUUCAUAUGAACACUAGCUCUUGCGCUGGACAGAAGUGCGACCUCCUUGAAAAAAAAUAAGUGGCGGAAAUAUUUUCGAAGAUUCCUGUGAAAUAUUUUGCGCAUUUGGCAAUGUUUCCGAUUAAUUCUAUCGUAAGGAGUGAUUAUGUUGUGUAAUAUAUUUCGAUUCGAACUGUAUAGCUCAACCAGAAACUAGAAAAAUGUCAUGGUACAUAGUUCUCUCAGUCUCAUCCCUAAUCUUCCAUGAGGUCAUAUCCAUGGACUGUUCAAGAAGUGAAUGUUUGAAGCUAGCAGACCCUUUGGUUAGAGAAGCAAGAUUCAUAUUUCCCGACAACAGGGAGGAUAUACAGAGGGGUUGUAGAACGUGGGAUGAAUUCGUGAACUGUUUGAAACACUAUACGGAACGAUGUUUCAAUGACGAAGACAGAAGGAAAUUCAACAACGCCGUAGAAAGUCCCAUAGAGAACAUCCACGAGCUAUGUAUGAACAAUAAAUAUCAAAAUGAGUACCUCAAAUAUGCACCAUGUUUAAAAAGUACAAUAACUGAAAGGAGCCAUUGCGGUUUGCAGUAUCAAAUGUUAGUUGACCAAGUAUAUCAGAGAGAUAACACCCUUCCUAAACCGACAUUGUGCUGUUUGCAUGAUAGAUUCAAACAAUGCGUCCAAAGAGAGACCAGAAGAUUGUGCGAUAGAGAUGGACAAAAUGGAAAAGCCACUAGAUUUUCGAUGCAAAUUUUGGAUAAGGCUCUUAGAUUCAUCGAAGACCAAUGUGUGAAUUAUAUACCAAACUCUGGUGACUGCAAUUCUCUACAAGACUCCCUGCCAUCGACAGACAUUCUGUCGAUAUCAACCGUUUCUAGCGAAGUAUACCCUUGGAGUACAAUACAAGAGACAAACUUUAUAAAGGAAGCCAGGAAUCCACCAAUACGAGGUACAACAUCUAAUGCUUCCCCAAUGUACUCUUGGUCACCAUCUCCGAGCACACCUUCUGAGGAAAUGAUACCACCUAGCUCCCCAACAUCAGUUUCAGAAAUUUUAGGUUCAAGAACAAGACCAGCCUCUUAUGGAAGAGCUAGCAGUUGGGGUGACACUCAGGGACCUAAUUUGAGUCCCGUAACUGAAAACAUUUAUCCUGUAUAUUCUGAACAAAUGUCGUCUACCCCUUCCCCCAAACCCUAUUGGAUGGCCACCACAUCUACGUGGAAUGUUUUGAAGAAAGAAGUUCCAGAUUUGGGUUCAGCGAAUAUAAAUAGAAAUCCAUCUUUCCACCAGACACCAAAAACAGAUCCUGCAAGCUACCACACUACAGUAGAAACUACCCAUUGGUACCCUGCAGCUGGUAGUCAUUUAUCGAAUGACGUCGAAGAACCAAAUCAACAAGGUCUAACCGUGCAGAAGGGUGAUGCCAAUCUGUUGACCAGUUCCUUACAUACUUUAUUCUUGGCGUUUCUACUACGAGUUAUGAUUUGAAAGACCUGAUGCUUCUCAUUACUCUUUUUCGCCCUUAAAACUGAUACAUUAUUUUUUGUUCAAUUCGUCUUCCGAAACUACCCAUCCGCUAUUUACUGGUGUACCUACUCUGAUUCACUUGACUUUUUAAGGAUAUCUUGUCAUAAAUUUAUUACUUUUCUACUGAAUAAUAGGUAGAUACACUUGAUUCGCGUUGAAUUUGAUUUUUCGGAUUUGUCUUCCAAAAUUAUCAAUUCUCUGAUUUGACGAUUUAAGAGGGAUUACCACCACGUGGUUUUCACGUAUCAGUCAAACUUUGGUACCCAUUCAUUUCUCCUCUGGCGCUCCUGCGAUGAUCAAACUUAGUAAGGUGUACGAAGUUGUUCAUUCACUUCAUCUCCUUUCUUUCUUCGAAGCAAAUGAGUAAAAGGCCGCACUAUACGAAUACGACGACUUUCACGAAAUUAUAGUUUUACCUCUUUUUUAAUGAUUUUUGGUCGUUUUUUUUUCACGAAUAUUUUGAAAAUAUAUCAGAACUUCGUAAAAAGUACA